GCCGCCGCUACAGCAACCACCAAUACAUUACGACCGCAGUCACAAACACCAACCAUAGCCGCCACCGUCGUAAUGUGAAUAGACGAGAGUUUGCAGUCAGUUCCGUGUUUGGUUAGUUUUAUUGGAGCGAGCCGUGUUUGUGUGUCUGUUAGAAACGAGUGAGUAUAUAUAUAGAGAGAGAGAGAACUAUAACGGACCUGUUUAUACAGUUGAUGAUAGGAGCCAGGUAUUUAUGGUAAUGGGUGCCAAGAAAAUGUCUACCAUUGUUUCCAUGGUAAUUUUCGCAAGCUGGUUUCUCUGCAACAAGUCAACUGAUGCUAAUAUGGUAACCAACAAAGUCGCACCAACAACACUUUCUCACAUCCAACCUUCAUUAGUAUGCAGUGCUGGAUACUUCGCCUGUAAAGACCAGCUAAAGUGUUUACACCAGAGGAAACAAUGUGACGGUGUUAGUCAGUGUGAAGAUGGCUCCGAUGAGGAAGAUUGUGAUAAUGAGCUAGAUGACAAUAUGUGGAACAAUUUAUGGCGAAAGCGAAAGGAUGAAGCUCAUAAAUUUUCAGAGAAAAUGUGCUCAGAUGACCUAUGUGAAUGUAAAGAAGCAAAAUUCUGGUAUUGUGUCAAUACAGGUCUUCAGAAAAUUCCUGAUACUGUUCCAGUAACGGCAGUUACCUUGGAUCUAUCAGCCAACCAUAUUUCAUAUCUGAAUCAAUCCGCCCUCCGUGGCUUCCAUAAUUUAAAAGAGCUCUCUCUCAAUGACAACGGUUUACGGAUUCUUGAAGCAGGAGCGUUCCAUAACUGCCCUGAACUGGAGACUCUAUCGCUUAAACUGAACCGACUGGAAGAACUAGUCCCUAAUUUGUUUGCCAAGAAUAAUUCCCUGAAAUAUUUAUACCUGGACCAGAAUUGGUUGACCGAAAUACCUGCAAAAGCAUUCGAUCACUUGAGUAAAUUGAUAAAACUAUCUCUACGAAGAAACCGAAUUAAAGCAAUAGAACCAGCCGCCUUCUAUGGCACCAGUAGUCUCGUACAGUUAUUUCUCGACAAUAACAUGCUAACUGACAUCAAACGGCACUACUUUGAGAAACUGACAAAUCUUGGUGAACUAUAUUUGAUUAACAACAAGAUUAGCUCCAUCGAACCAAAUUCCUUCGUCUCGCUGACUCAGCUACAAAAUCUAAUAUUGCGACAAAACAGAUUUACUAAAUUGGUUAAUGGAAUGUUCGCUGGAUUAAAAUCCAUCCAAUAUCUGAAUUUGGAAGAAAAUCAAAUUGAACACAUUGAAGAGAAAUCCUUUAUGUAUGUUGAAAACCUAAUUUCACUCUAUCUGGCAGACAAUCCCUUCAGAACGAUGCCUCCGAAUACAUUGAAAGGACUCGUCAAUUUGAAAUUCAUACAUUUUUCUGUGUUCUACACUUGUAUUUACGCUUUGCACGUACGCGUGUGCAAUCCCAAAGGAGAUGGAUUAUCCAGUACAAAGAAUCUCAUUGAAAACCCGGUGCUGCGUGUCAGCGUAUGGGUGAUCGGCGUCGUCGGUGUCCUGGGAAACUGCUUGGUUUUACUCGGACGGUUCUGCAUUAACGAAGACAACAAAGUCCACUCGUUUUACAUCCAAAACUUGGCGUUGGCUGAUAUGCUGAUGGGCGUUUAUUUACUAACUGUCGGCUCCAAGGAUAUGUAUUAUCGUGAGCAAUAUUUAUCGAACGACCAACAAUGGAGAUAUUCAUGGCUUUGCAACAGCUGCGGAGUAAUUUCGACCAUCAGCACAGAAAUGUCUGUUUUUACUGUGGUACUCAUUACUUUAGAUCGAUACAUCAAUGUCGUCUAUCCGUUUUCAUUACACAAAUGCGGACGAAAAACCGCAUAUUUUUUAAUAUUUUCCAUGUGGCUCGCUAAUUUCUUUCUUGCUGUACUGCCAGUUCUCGGCAUACCUUAUUUCGGAGAACAGUUCUAUCGAAACAAUGCUGUGUGUCUACCUUUGCAUAUCCAUGAGCCGUACAUAAAAGGCUGGGAGUACUCGGCUUUCUUAUUUCUCGGUAUAAAUGUGCUAGCUUUCAUAUUUAUCUCCUAUGCCUAUUUCGUCAUGUUUUGCAAUAUCCGUAAGUCGGCCAUGUCCCUGCGAACAAAUCGUGAAAAUCAUGAUCAUCUUAUAAUGAAGAGAUUCUCCAUGAUCGUCCUCACCGACUUUAUGUGUUGGGUUCCUAUAAUAACAGUGAAAACCGUGGCACUUGCAGGUUACCAAAUCGGUGACAAUCUCUACGCUUGGUUAGCAAUUUUUAUUCUACCAAUCAACAGUGCCCUUAACCCACUAAUCUACACCAUGAUGACUACACAUUUUAAGCGAGCCGUCUUAAAAAACGUCCUCGUCAGAGCUUUCUUUAAAAUGAACCAGUCGGAUCUUACCGGAUCGUCUUGCGGAGUCUUACGACAACACAGUUGUGUUCAGGUUACUGAGUUGAAAAUUGUGGCCGAUGACUGCCGAACGAAAUCAACCAAUAAAAAUGCUGUGAUCAUGUGAUUUUGUUAUCGAGAUCUCCUAUGACGUGACCAAUGCGUCUGCUGUGCCGCCUCACUCAAGUCACGAUGCCUCCACAAUAUUUUGCAGCUUCACUGCGGCUGUCCCGUCUCAUUCCAGUUACGCUAUGACACAACUAUAACGUUGUGUGGUUCCCUGUUGCGGUGACUACAGCUUUGUUGCCGUAUCUGUCUAUAAUGCUGUUGAUGACUGUCUUGACAAUCGUUAUUAAAACUCAUAUCAUUCCACAGCCAUUCGUUACAACAAUAAUCUGACACAGUUUCUGCCUCUGAGUGAUGCCAGAAAUAUUGAAAUCAGUUGCUACCUUGAAACACACAAUGGCAUUCAUUUGAGAUUCAAAUUAGAACUACAUUGCAUUCCAUUACAUUAUACCAUGCCUCGUCAGACAGCCUGUGCAGGAGUACUCAACCAGCUAAAAAUAGCAGCCAAAUAUUCCUUAAAUAACACCCCAAGCUUCUGAAAGUAAAUAAGCACAGUGUAUAACAAAACCAUAGAAUGGGCACGGGUGGAUUUCCUUUGGUCAUAAAUCUGCUAGAACAGGAUUGACCUAUGGUUAAACAGCCACACCGCUUCAUUACAUCAUAAUAUACAUCACACAUGCUAACAAACCUCUAUCUACCUCAAAAUAGUCACCCGAACUGCAAGAGACAGCAGCCAAAAUCUCCCACAACUCAUAUUCUAUAGGCUGGUAGUCAUUACAAGCACACGCACUUUUAUGUAUCUCUCACACACACACACACACACACACUUACACACAAUCAUAUGCGGUGUGUGCAUGCGUGUAAGUGUAGUUUAGU